GAGCACAUUACGCAACAACACGUGAGUGCAAUUUACUCAUUUGUCCUUCAUGUCUUAGCUGUGUGAAGUCUGAAACGAGUUAUUUGUAUGAUUUAAAGGAAGGUGACGAAGAUUAUACCCAGAGAGAACUGAGAGCAGAAACUCGUCUCACAGGUCCAAGGGAUAGUGAAGAUGCCACCCGAAGAAGUGAGCUGAUUGCAGGACCUCUCAAAGUGGCACAGGAAAGUGAGGAAGACUACAGUCAGACAGUACUUGCAAGUACAGAGGACAACAAUGAAGAUGCUAGUGCUACACAAAGACAAGAUCAAAGAGCAGAAUCUUCUACAGUGGUACAGGAGAAUUGUCCUCAAGAAAAAUGUGAUGUCCACUCCUCCCACGGACUAACAGAAGAGCAAAGCAUCAUCUCGAUUCUUUCGUUUGCACUGAGGCACAACACUACAGGAGUAUUAAUGGAGGACCUUCUGAAACUGCUGAAGUUGCAUUCUGCUGGGACCACUGCAGUUCCAAGAAGCAAGUAUUUUCUGGAGAAACCAUUUGCUGAUAUUACUAAGCAGUUUGAGCAACAUCAUUACUGUAAAGUCUGUACUAAGUACACUGGUUCUUCACAGACUCCAGAGGAAAUGCUCACAUGUGUGCCAUGUUCCUUAUCCACUACAGUGCAAGCCAGUUUAGAGGAAGGCCAUUUUUUCAUUAGUAUACCAUUAAAGGAUCAGCUGAAAGAUAUUCUUGAGAACCAUGGUAUGCAUGAUUUAUGUUUUCGUGCAGAUGUCAGUGGGAGGCAUGUCAUAAAGGACAUAUGUGAUGGCAGCUUGUAUCAGACCUUAAAGUCUAACAGCAAAGAGGAUUUUCUAUCGCUCACAUUCAAUUCUGAUGGUGUACCGGUUUUUCAGUCCUCCAAAUUUAGCAUCUGGCCAAUAUUGUGUUGUGUUAAUGAGAUACCACCUGAAAGUAGAGAUAAACAUGUACUUUUAUGUGCCUUAUGGUUUGGAUCCAAGAAGCCAGACAUGGCUUGCUUCUUUAAACCAUUUGUUGAGGAGUGUACAAAUCUUUCUCAAGCUGGUUUUGAGUGGCAGGAUCCUCGUGACCAGUCAUUGAGACACAUAAAAGUGCACACUUUGUGUUGUGUGUGUGAUGCAGUAGCAAGGCCACUGCUACAGAACUUUAAGCAGUUCAAUGGUGAGUUUGGCUGUGGAGCUUGCCUUCACCCUGGAAUGCAAAUAAGAAAAGGGAAAGGAAAUACAAGGGUUUACGCAUGUCCUGAUGAAAAGCCAAGUGAUAGAAAUCAUAAAACCACAGUAGAAAUAGGAAAAAUAGCUGAAAUAGAACAGAAGACUAUAUUGGGCAUAAAGGGUUCAUCUCCUCUAGCAGAUUUACCAUUGUUUGAUCUAAUCAAUGGGAUGGUCCCUGACUACAUGCACUGCGUGCUGCUGGGUGUGUGCAGAUACAUGGCUGCUCUAUGGAUAGAUUCUAAAAAUGUUUCUGAACCAUGGUAUAUUGGUGCAGAAACAGCCCGCAUAGACAAACACCUCUUGUCUAUUAAACCUCCAGGUGUUGUUGCUAGAGUUCCAAGAUCCUUAACAGAACGUAAAUUCUGGAAAGCGCAUGAGUGGCAGCAUUGGCUUUUGUACUAUAGCUUGCCAGUUCUGAAAAAGAUACUUCCACAGAAGUAUCACUCUCACUGGGCAUUACUGGUAGAGGGCAUAAGCAUUCUCUUAGGUACUGAAUUAAAUAUUGAAACAAUAAACCAUGCACAUGAUGUAUUACUGUACUUUGUUGGAGGUGUACAGUCACUCUAUGGGAAAGAGCAUAUGACAUUUAAUGUUCAUUCACUGGUACAUUUGAGUAAAAGUGUUGUGCAGUGGGGUCCAUUAUGGGCUCACUCAGCCUUUAUGUUUGAAAAUUUCAAUGGGUACCUCUUGAAACAAAUAAAAAGUAGUCAAGCUGUACCACAACAAAUAUGCAAACGAGUGGCAUUGUCUCGUGCUUUCCCCCGUUUAGCAAAGCAGUUCUUAACAGAUGCACCUGCAGAAGUUAAAGACUUCUGCAAUGAAAUGAGACAAGGUAACCAGCAUGGCAAGAAGUAUAAAAAGUUUACUGAGGUGACUGCCCUUGGUCCACCAAAUGUAAGAUUGAUAUCUCAGAGUGACCAAGUGGCUCUCCACACAGUCAGAGAGGUUUUCCCAAACUCUGUGGUCAGUUACUACAAGAGAAUUGCUGUAAAUGGAGAAGUUGUUAGUGGUCAUUCCUACACCAAAACAAAACAAAGAAACAACUCUGUUGUGCUGUUAAAGGAUGGAAGUAUUUUUGCCGUCUCCCACUUUGUUGACAUGGGUGAUCAGUGUCUAUAUGCCAUUGGAAGAUAUGGUAAUUGCACAGUGCAGAAGUUAGCCAGAGGUUCUCUUAUCCGAACUGAACUGAGCUAUAUGUCAACUGUUCACUUUCCCACUGGCUUUUACAAAGCUAUAAAUGUCACAGAGAUAGUUAAACCCUGUAUGUACAUACAGUGUCCACAGUCCAGCUCGAUUGUAUGUCAGCUAUUGAACACAUAUUACUGUAAAUGAUUAAAUCUUAACUGCAGUUGGAGUUAUUGAUUUUGCUUUGCUGUGCUGAGAAGUAAAUGUUUGUCUAACAUUUGAAACAUUUUGCAAUAUUAUGCGUAUUAUCAACAUUAUGUAUUUCAGUGUCGUUGCAAAAAGAAUAGUGAUGUGGCGGUUAAAAAAUUCUUAAAGCACUGUCAUAAUGAAUUUGGGUCAUGUAAGGACAAAAAUCUUAGUGUCUUUUUCUACAUUUUAAUGUGCAACUUGUUAUCUGCUGAUUUUGUGCAAAAUUAAAAACAAUUUCUACAAAUAUUUAUUUCUACUUUUAUUUAUUUUCAAUACAUUUCAGAAGGAUUUUGAAAAUAUUCUAUGUUUAUUUAAUCAUUUUUCAUAUUUAUUGGGGUAUAUUAGUUCUUUAAAUGUCAACUAACAUUACCUUUCAGGAGAAAGGUUAUGUUCAUAGAAUAAUAAUAGGAAUAUGAUGCAUGGCUAUAUGCAAAAAUGCUAAACUUAGAAAUAUUUCAACUGUCCAUUAUGAUUAUUUUUUUCAUCUUUUAGUGAAUUUGUGAUCUUUCCUUAAUUUUAUUGUUGUAUUAUAUUGAUUCUUAGUUUAAUCUCUUAUAGUUGUGUCAACAAAAGAAAAUUCUGUAAGUGUUUUCUAUGUUACUUACAAUAGCUUAGCAUCAGUUAUGUUUGUCUGACUUAUAUAAAUUUGAUACUCAAUUUUUCUUAUAAGGAUAUUGUAUGCGGAGUUACUGUCAUAUAUUGUUCUUAGAAGUACCCAAAUCAUAUAAUUUCCCUUUUAUACAAUUUUUCUAUAGAUUUUAUAUCUGGUUUCACUCUCAUAUGCAUUACAUACAAGUUUCAGACAAUACAGAUAGAAACCUUACAAGAUUUAUCUAUA